AUGUCUUAUGGGUGCGUUGACCCAUCGAAUCAUUCUACUUGUCUUUGUCUGUCCCCUUCCUUAGUGCGACUUUUCCAGUCGUACAUUUUUAAUCAUAUCUGUUGAGCAAACAAAUCUUGAGCUUCUAUUUUACGAAUAUCUACCCUCGAACCCACCAGAAGCCUAAUAAGUCUGCAGAUAAACUCAACCAUGGCAUGCCUUCGUCAGAAGUCUGGACAGCCUAACGCCUCGUUUGACUUAUGGGUGAUCGCCAAAUCCUCGCAUGUAUUUGGCCUCAUGCUGUCUUGAUUGCAUUGCCGGAGCUACUUUUCAGCUGCUGCAGGUGUAGUGGACGAAAACGUUUAAAUUAGGACACACGUGGUACCGUGAAACACUGGGAAUAACUCUUGGCUUGCAACAAACUGAAGCGAAUUGUUAUUCGCGUCAUUGAACUCAUCCAAAUGACAUGGUAUAAACGUUUGGCGAGCACAGGUAUUUGUGUGAUAGGUACAGAAGAGAAUUUGUACAAAUAAUAGCUAGUGAUGCAAACAGGGAUGAGUUACGUCAAGGAGGUGAUGCCAACAUGCCAGAUAGGCAACCGGUGGCGAAUGCGCAUUCCCCACUGGUUGCUUAUCAAUGUCAAUGCGUGCGCGUGCAUGUACAUUUUGUGCGGCCAAACAGACAGUUCUUUCCCCGUCCCCCAUCAGGAGCAUCCCCGCAGCUCGUAACGCGAGGCAUUUGGCGGCUUACUCGACCCGGUACGUCCGCGAUUUCGCCAAUGAGACGAUGCUUUCGUAUGCAUACGAAAUUGAGGUUUUUUGCAUCGGUCCGCGACCGCAGGAUCUUUGUACUCACCAUAGCCUGUAACUUGACUACAAAAUGUCAGUGUAGACUUGAGUGAAAGAUAUAUGCUGUGUAGUUUCGCUCAUCAAACCUAUUGCAUGGACCUGUGGGUGCUUGAUUCGCAUUCAGUCCAUCAAGACGCUCUACCACUGACAUUUCCACUGUCCCUAGCCUUGCACAAAUGCGAGUCUUCUUUCGCGUGUUUUUCACUCAUUACCUCAGUUUCUUAACUAUCCACCUUGCGCGGUUGUUAUCAGUACCUUCUUGGUAGAUCCCUUCGUGGUAUGUUCCAUACCAAUAUUUGAAAUCGCUGCUGCUUGAACCCAUCUCACCGAUUUAGAAACCGACAUGGUUAGAACGACUGUGACCACUAUUUAAUGCUACGUCACCAGAGGAUAUGUUUAUCAGGCCAAUAGGUGAUGGAGGAAUCUUACUCCUUCUAAUUAGGUGUCAUAAGUGACAAGACCCCUGACCCGGGAUGAGGCCGAUUUUAACUCUCUAAACCGGGCAAUCUACUGUACCCAACCGUUCUUUGUAGUACGCAUAUUGAGUGGCGCAUCUCUCCUUUAAUUUUCCGACGACGUGCAGCUCUUAAUUUGCAGGGGAACCGAGUUAGCGGGGCAAUUGCAGUCUUUCAGGUCACUGACUUUGCCCUCAGGUUUGCGCCUAACAUAAAUGAGCCAUCUUAAUUGGUAAGUAAACGGGGCGGGGUUUACGGGUUACGUUUUUCAUCGAAGACAUGGAUGCGGGUUGAGACGUAGUCAGAAAGACAAAAUCGGAGAAUAGAGUGCAGGCGUCGUCGGUCAGCCAGAUGUCGCAAACCUGAGCGUAAUGGCCUCCAUACACUCAUAUAGGGCUGUCUCAAUGAUUACUUGGUCUGCAGGUUGGUUUCAUGUCGACUCCAAGGGUCUUGUACUUCCGGUUGUUUUGGUAGUGCAGUCUAUCUUUGCCUCGCUUCAGAAGGUCUGACCCAUAGUAGUAAAAAUUGUCCGCUAGCUCGGUACUGUCACUGUCUGCCCCGACCGAGCAAAUAUAUCCAAUUAUGAAGCCCGAAGUGCUCAUUUUCCUUUUGACUGUCUGACUGUCUUCGCGUCUGUCUGAGACGCUACUGGAUGCACUUUUUUAAAUUGAGCUUGCUAUCACCACGUCGUCAUCGGCGCAGUCCAGAUUCAUCGUGUACGGACCACGACUCACUCUAACGCUGCCGUGGUCUGCCAGCCUAAUGAGCAGAGUAUAAUUCAGUCACAAAAUCGAUGAAGCAGACAAAAGCGGGCUGUCAACAUCAGCAGUUGUGCUUGAAGAUUGGGCGAAGUAAAAGUUCCGAUGAGAACAUGCCUACCCCAGUCGCGAGUCGCACUGAUUCCUUCUUGUUCGCGCGUCGUAGUACAAGCGGAAGUGAUUCAGGAGGGCGACUGUGAAGGUUCUUGAGGUGGUAUCAAAUGAGCUAUUUCCACGGUAUUCCCUCCACAGCGGUCCGCCGUCUUAAGGAUCUGCGUAUAUUAACGUCAAUCCAUUCUGUGGACACAGCCCCUACUUCCCAAUUGCGGACCAGAUUUUCGUGUAAGCUGUCAGAUAUAACACUCGAACAGCAUUUGUAGCCUUCUAUCGGAAGUCGAUCCGCGCCAGAUACUUAAUUGUUUAGCCGGACUUCGUCUAGAACAAACUAGAUUGCAAGGUUCACAGACGCAAGGAAUUGUUUUUCAUCGGAAGGCCGUAUGUACUGGUGACGUUAUCGCCACACGUCGAUUGUCGCAGAUCUUUACUGCUGACGGGCUGAAUGCUGGUUUGCGCUUAACAUCCUAUAUCGCCGCCAGAUGUCGCUAUUGAAGCGCGUUCCAGAUCUCGGGUAGUUUUAUCCCAGAGUUCGUUGCAUUCACGCCAAGCAGACCGCGUAAUCUAAUGAUCUAAUUCCCCAAAGUUCGAAUUGACUCGCAGACGGGCGAUAUUUGCACUGUCAGCCAGUCUGGUCGUCCCAGGACGGAUGCGAUCCAUCCAAAAACGCCUACUAUGUCCUAACUUCCUGUGAGGUGCCGUAGGGUCUGCUUCAGUUCGAACGAAUUUCUUUCAAGGGCGACUUCUUUAAACCAUUUGUUGUCUGUCACUGUGGCAGCGACCGGAGACAAUCAUACGGAAGCUUGUGACAGUGACGGGAUCUCCGAGAUGGUCAACACUGCAACUUCUCACAGUUAAUGCUCCUUCAACGCCACGUAAUCAGCCGGAUCCUCAUACGAGCAUGACCAAAGCUGUUCUUCUUGCUGAUGUUGACACAACGUAUUCCGCUAGAGUCAGAGAUCGAGCUUGUCUAUCGUGCGCGGAGAAACAUGCACUUAAUCUGACUUAGAGUGCGGCCAUUAUUGGAAUUCAGUGUAGCUGCAUGCCCUGUGGGGUGUUCGUAAUAAUUAAGUGGUUCGACACGGCAAAAGUGACGGGCUUUUAAUUCAUUGGAUCCAAUUGCGAAAACUCGUCGACAUCGGUUGUGUUCGAACCCGCGACAACGAGAGCAAGGCCUGAAUAAAGCCAAGGAUCUAACCACCUGAACUACGACACCCCACCGAGAGCUGGGAGUCGAAUCGUAUUGUGCGCGCAGCGGUCAGUUACUCUCCUAGUAUAUGCGUUAGGCUUCCCCGUCUUGCAUUGUGGGCAACGUCAAGGUCACUUUCUGAGACACAUUUGAGUAUCGCGUGAACUUCGUCAUAAGAGACCUAUUUUGCAUGCUAUUCGUAUCCACUUUAGCAUCUACAGCAGCAUCACAAAGACGCACAAGUGCAGUUCAGGAUGACACCGGUUCUCAAUAUGUAAGUGAAGGUUUGGCUUCACAAUUCAAAGGAACGGAGGCAACAUGUUAGUCAGUUGUCGCUGACGCCUUUUUGGUGGAAAUUGCUGCAUUUCUUUGUACAUUGCACCCUCGAGUCAUGGUCUGGCAAGCCCAUCUUUGAGAGGCAGGCAAUGUCUACGUUGCAAUACACUAACGCCUACAUGACAAGACUCUGUGUUACCGGUGUGAAAGUUCUCACGUUCCAACAUGUGACUCGCAGUUAUUUCCUCCUUUUCGAAGAGGCCAGCUUGUAUACUUGCCAUCUGGCCUCUUGGCAUAGGCCCAGACGCAUCGGUUCUCACGGCUGCUAUAGCAUGAAUCGAGACUUGUGAUAAGGAGACCUGCUUAAGAUGGAGAUUCACGAGUCUGAAACUUAAGCUGCCUUUAAAGGAUAUUAAAUGUGAAGUGGUGGAAAGGGAUCCCGGACACCCAGGUACUGAGAAUGACUGACAUGCUAAGCGUGCGUCAAUGUGGUCUUGAAACCAUAUUUCCCUGGAAUUUGAUGUUCGCGCGUCGUUAUAACCUCGUGCGUUUGUUAUACUGAGGAUAACUGCGGGAUCUGAUCUCAGUUCCAAAAGAUAUGACAACCUUGUCGCUUUUGCCAAGUGAAAUGCCAGGGACAGCCAUGAGUGCAUCUUUUUCAACUGGCAAGAACGCCAAAUCGAGACAGGACGAGUACCGCAGCAAGUCAUGUGGGACUAUUUGCAACUGUGUUUGGUGCAUUUUCCGUUGAAAGCGUUUGCGCUUUGUCGUUAAAUAUGUUAUCAACACUGCUUUCGGAGUUUUUGUCCUCCGUCGCAUUGGCAUACUGGGACCGAGUCGCCAGGCAUCGGACACCAGAGAGCCUGUGUUAUGCUGCUUCAGUCGUCAUAUUGUAGUGCCCUCAUUUGGCUCCAUAGUAAUUUGUAAACCAAUCGGUGUACCUGACCUCUUUUAUCUGCCCCAUGGUAGCAUUGUCGUUGUUGUCCCUUGACUACCUAGAGAUCUGCUCAUCUCGCACCCGGCCUUUGCUGAAGACCGAUCCCCCAUUCACCACAUGUGGACGCGCCGUGUGGCCAACAGUUUUCCCAAUUAACGGUUCCGUCUUUCGGAAGUUAUGCACUCCCAACACAUUGCACGUUUAGGCUACGAUAGACGAGUAGAAGCAGGACUGAGUGCAGAGACCCCUCUUUUAUUAGUGAUUUUUGAUCACCUUUUAUUUGUUAAUAAUUAAAGUGCAAAUAUAAGGACAAGACUCCACUUAGGAUGUAUCAAUUAUUUUCAUAGAGUUGUUUCGAAACUUGCGCCCAGUAGCACAGAUUUUACCUGCCACCGCAUACCAAAAUGCUUUCGAUUCUGUUUGCGUUAAGGUUACUGCCACUAGUAAAUAGCUGUUCAUCCCCCCCCCGCCUCCCACGUGUUUCCACAGGUAGUCUUUUGUGGCCUUACCUGUGGGUCAAAAGCUCGCAUCAGGUCUGAGAAAAUUUUUAUUCCACAGGUUUGAAUCCUCGCCACCAACAUUCUCGGAAGACUCUUUGCAGCAAAACGCUUCAGAUAAUGAGAUGAAAAUGGCUCUUCAGAAACUGCAAACACAAGCCGAAUUUCAGAACCAGGUGUCUAAUCUGACCGGUCGGUGUUGGGAUCUGUGCUAUACUGGAACCCCCGGGGCUAAAAUGGACGACAAGCGGGCCAACUGCCUGAAAAACUGUGUCGAACGCUACAUUGAUGUUUCCGUGCUUCUGCGUAAUCGUUUCCAAGCCCUGGUCGGACGUAUGCAGCAACAACAACAAUGA